AUGACACAUUUCAGGCAGAUAUUGAGCAAUCAAGGAAGCAGACCACCUUCUUCAACAGACAAGCUGGCUCACCAGAAGCAGCAGCUGAGUACUGGCUACAAACGUGUCACAUCUACUGAGCAGCCAGGCACAACCAACCAAAGGGCUCAAAACACGCUGUCUUCGAAGGGUGAGGUUGCGAAGGAUAGCCAAGAUGGAUCAUUUACAUCGAAGUGGAACUUUGCACAGGGACAGUACUCAAAUAAUCCACUUAUAGGCAGGCUUCAAGGAUCCAAUGCCUAUUCAAGUACUAAAACAAAGGAAUCUGGGGCUGCACCACCAUCUGCAUUAACCAAACUGACUAGUCUACUCAACUUUUUGAAAGAAAGAACAGCGCUGCUUGCAAGUGAGAUGCAAAACUUAGAUCUGGCUCGCCCCCAGGGGCCUACAGCUCCUCCUCCAAAAAGAAACUCCAGAUGGGAAGUAGGAUUGUAUUACUGCGUGGUCACAAGAACCUUGUGGUAUCGAAAUGGGAAGCAACUGGCUUAUGAUGGAAGAAGUCCAGAUGCAAAUGAUGCAUGCUCAUGCAUUACAGAAACUUCGAUUGGACAAACGACCUUCGUUCUGGAGUAACUUUGUAAAUUGCGCAGGUUAAUCGUGUCUUCAGUCUUCACCAUGAUGUUUCUUAUGCCAGAUCUGUAGCAGCAUUGACAG